AUGCAUUUCUUUCGUUAUAUCGCCCUCGGGCUCCUGAGCACCAUCGGUGCGCUCGCCGACGAAGUUACCGCUACUGUCAACGCUACUGAGAUCCAGAAUGCUGCAGAUGGCCUCCUCUCAAUGUUUCCCAGUGCCACCCCAUACACGGUCAACUACACGGCGCCAGGAGGCAAUCUACUUCAACCGCCCUCAUCGCUCAUCAAAGAUAUCAUUACCGCUGUACCUCCAACCGUGCUCGCUCAACUACUGUUACCUACUGGCCGCAGCUCGAUCGCAUCUGAGUUUCAGGCCGGCAAUACCCCGAGCUGGUACGAAGACCUCCCGACGGAGGUCAAGAGCUACGUCCUUGCAAUGAAGUCACAAGUCGAUUCAGGAGAGGUCGAUCUCAACGCGACUCGAACCCCAGCCCCGACUUCCUCUUCAACUGGAGACGGAGAUGGCAGUGAGAACGGCAACGGUCCAGCUACGGAAACCUCUAGUGGCCUUGCCCCACAUGCCACGGGCGAGGUUGCCGCAAGCUUGCUCGGUGCACUCGGCAUACUAGGGCUGGCCGUGGUGCUCUAG